AUGACUGUACUUUCUUCAGAACCUUUUGAUCCCUUACAGGAGUCCUAUGAAGGUGGUGCUCCAAUGCAACUAGACUCAUCGGUAUCCCACAACAAUGUAUCAUGGUCAAACGUUAUCCCUGAUAAAGUAGGUUUAUACGACCCAGAUUAUGAAAAAGAUGCAUGUGGUGUGGGUUUCGUAUCAAAUAUCAAAGGCUUGCAAUCCCAUAAAAUUGUAGCAGAUGCAAGAUUCUUAUUAUGCAACAUGACACAUAGAGGUGCUGUCUCUUCAGAUGGCAACGGUGACGGUGCCGGUAUUUUGGUGGGCAUCCCUCACGAAUUCAUGAAAAGAGAAUUCAAGUUGGAUCUCGGUAUAGACAUUCCAGAAAGAGGUAGCUACGCAGUGGGGAAUGUAUUCUUUAAAAAAGAUGCCCCAAACACUUACCUAUGCGCAAGCAAAAAAAUCUUCGAAGAUAUGGCUUCUCAAUUGAACUUGAAAGUCUUGGGUUGGAGAAAAGUUCCUUGUGAUUCAAGCAUUUUGGGUCAAGUUGCAUUAUCUCGUGAACCUACCAUACUACAACCUUUGGUGGUCACAAAUGACAUCGAUUUUUCUUCUUCCUCUUUGGAUUUUCAAACUUCCCUAUAUUUAUUGAGAAAAAGAGCAACUUCAUCCAUAGGAAUCUCAAAUGGGUUUUACGUUUGUUCUUUGAGUAAUACAACUAUCGUAUACAAGGGUCAAUUGACCCCGGCACAAGUAUACAAUUAUUACCCAGAUUUGACUAACGCCUACUUCAAAUCCCACAUGGCUUUGGUACACUCAAGAUUCUCCACAAAUACUUUCCCAUCUUGGGAUAGAGCUCAACCUCUAAGAUGGUUGGCUCACAAUGGUGAAAUUAACACUUUGAGAGGUAACAAAAAUUGGAUGAGAGCAAGAGAAGGUGUCAUGUUCUCAGAAACAUUUAAAGAAAAAAUCGAUCAACUAUACCCAAUUAUUGAAGAAGGUGGCUCGGAUUCCGCCGCUUUAGAUAACGUAUUGGAAUUGUUAACCAUUAACGGUGUACUUUCUUUACCAGAGGCUAUCAUGUUAUUAGUACCAGAAGCUUACCAUAAAGAUAUGGAUUCAAACUUAAAAGCCUGGUUCGACUGGGCUGCUUGCUUAAUGGAGCCUUGGGAUGGUCCUGCAUUGUUGACUUUCACAGACGGUCGUUACAUUGGUGCUAUGCUAGACAGAAAUGGUUUGAGACCAUGUCGUUACUAUGUAACCAAUGAUGAUCGUGUUAUUUGUGCUUCUGAAGUUGGUGUCAUUCCAAUAGAAAACUCUCUAGUGGUCCAAAAAGGUAAAUUGAAGCCAGGUGAUCUAUUCUUAGUCGAUACCCAAGUUGGUGAGAUUGUUGAUACUAAAAAAUUAAAAUUACAAUUUUCCAAAAAGAAGGACUUUAAAUCUUGGUUAUCUAAAGUUAUCAAAUUAGAGGAUAUAUUAGAAAAACUAACCGAUGUUAUUCCUACACAAUUUUUGAGCGACAAUGAGCUAACCGAUUCCUUGAAGGUCAAUUCGGAUCCACGUUUGUUAGCUAAUGGUUACACUUUUGAACAAGUUUCAAUGUUAUUGACCCCGAUGGCUCUGACCGGUAAAGAAGCCUUAGGUUCAAUGGGUAAUGACGCUCCAUUGGCAUGCUUAAAUGAAGAUCCUGUAUUAGUUUAUGAUUAUUUCAGGCAGUUAUUUGCACAAGUCACUAAUCCACCAAUUGAUCCUAUUCGUGAAGCUAACGUUAUGUCUUUAGAGUGUUAUGUAGGUCCUCAAGGUAAUUUACUAGAGAUGAACUCCUCACAAUGUAACAGAUUGUUUUUAAAGUCUCCUAUUUUACAUUGGAAUGAAUUCAGUGCAAUUAAAAAUAUUGAAAAAGUUCAUCCAUCUUGGCAAAUUGGUAACAUCGAUAUCACUUUUGACAAAUCAUUAGGUUUAUUAGGUUACACUGACACAAUCGAGCGUAUUACCCAAGAGGCUACUGAUUAUUUGGAUGAGGGUAAAAAAAUCAUUGUCAUAUCAGAUAGAAGCUUGGGACCAAACCGUGUUGCUAUUUCUUCUCUAAUUGCAGUAGGUGCCAUUCAUCACCACUUAGUAAGAAAUAAACAACGUUCUCAUGUUGCAUUAAUUUUAGAAACUGCUGAAGCAAAGGAAAUCCACCAUUUCUGUGUUUUGUUAGGUUAUGGUUGUGAUGGUAUCUUCCCGUACUUGGCAAUGGAAACCUUGGUCAGAAUGAAUAACGAAGGUUUAGUUCGUAAUGUAGAAAAUGACAAUAAGGACAUUGAUAACAGAACUUUAUUAGAAAAUUACAAACAUGCUAUCGAUAGUGGUAUUUUGAAAGUUAUGUCAAAGAUGGGUAUAUCCACCUUGGCUUCUUACAAAGGUGCCCAAAUUUUUGAAGCCCUAGGUUUAGAUAACUCAGUAGUUGAUUUAUGUUUUGCUGGUACUGCUUCAAGAAUUAAGGGUGUUACUUUUGAAUACAUUGCUCAAGAUGCCUUUUCUUUACAUGAAAGAGGUUGGCCAUCUAGAAGCAUCAUUUCUAAAUCUAUUAAUUUACCUGAAAGUGGUGAAUAUCACUUCAGAGAUGGUGGUUACAAACAUAUUAAUGAACCAACCGCAAUUGCAUCACUACAAGACUCUGUAAGAAAUAAAAAUGAAGAUGCUUGGGCUAUGUACGUUAGAAAGGAAAUGGAAGCAAUCAGAGAUUGUACUUUAAGAGGUCUAUUAGAACUAGAUUUUGAGAAUUCUUCCCCAAUUCCAUUAGAACAAGUUGAGCCUUGGACUGAAAUUGCAAGAAGAUUUGCAACUGGUGCCAUGUCUUAUGGUUCUAUUUCUAUGGAAGCUCAUUCUACUUUAGCAAUUGCUAUGAACCGUUUGGGUGCCAAAUCAAAUUGUGGUGAAGGUGGUGAAGAUGCUGAGCGUUCUAUCGUCAGUCCAAAUGGUGACACAAUGAGAUCUGCAAUUAAGCAAGUUGCCUCUGCAAGGUUUGGUGUCACAUCCUUCUAUUUAUCAGACGCUGAUGAAAUCCAAAUUAAGGUUGCUCAAGGUGCUAAGCCUGGUGAAGGUGGUGAAUUACCUGCUCAUAAGGUGUCUAAAGAAAUUGCCAAGACAAGACAUUCAACACCAUAUGUAGGUUUAAUUUCGCCUCCACCACAUCAUGAUAUUUAUUCUAUUGAAGAUUUGAAACAAUUAAUUUAUGAUUUGAAGUGUUCUAACCCAAGAGCCGGUAUUUCUGUGAAAUUAGUCUCAGAAGUUGGUGUUGGUAUUGUUGCUUCUGGUGUCGCUAAAGCAAAAGCUGAUCAUAUUUUAGUUUCUGGUCAUGAUGGUGGUACUGGUGCUGCUAGAUGGACUAGUGUUAAAUAUGCUGGUUUGCCAUGGGAAUUAGGUCUUGCAGAAACUCAUCAAACUUUGGUCUUAAAUGAUUUAAGACGUAAUGUAAUUGUUCAAACUGAUGGUCAAUUAAGAACUGGUUUUGAUAUUGCCGUUGCUGUUCUACUUGGUGCCGAAUCAUUUACCUUGGCAACUAUUCCUUUAAUCGCUAUGGGUUGUGUUAUGUUGAGAAGAUGUCACUUAAACUCUUGUGCUGUUGGUAUUGCUACUCAAGAUCCGUACCUAAGAUCUAAAUUUAAGGGUCAACCAGAACAUGUUAUUAACUUUUUCUACUAUUUAAUUCAAGACUUAAGAAAGAUAAUGGCUAAACUAGGUUACCGUACUAUUGAUGAAAUGGUUGGUCACUCUGAAAAGUUAAGAAAGAGAGAAGAUGUAAGCACAAAAGCUAUCAAUAUUGAUUUAUCUCCAAUUCUUACCGCUGCUCAUACCAUUCGUCCGGGUGUUCCUACAAGAUUUACAAAGAAACAAGAUAUGAAAUUACAUACUCGUUUAGAUAACAAAUUGAUUGACGAAUCCGAAGUCACCUUAGAUCGUGGCCUACCUGUUAAUAUUGAUGCGUCAAUUAUUAACACUGAUCGUGCUUUAGGUGCUACGUUGUCUUAUAGAGUUUCAAAGAAAUUUGGUGAAAAUGGUUUACCAAGAGAUACUAUUGUAGUUAACAUUUCUGGAUCUGCUGGUCAAUCAUUUGGUGCAUUUUUAGCUUCUGGUGUAACCUUCAUUUUGGAUGGUGACGCGAACGAUUAUGUCGGUAAAGGUUUAUCUGGUGGUAUAAUUGUUAUUAGACCACCUGCCACUUCAAAUUACAGAAGUGAUGAAAACGUUAUCGUUGGUAACACAUGUUUCUAUGGUGCUACAUCUGGUAAGGCAUUUAUUUCUGGUAGUGCGGGUGAACGGUUUGCUGUUCGUAAUUCAGGUGCUACUAUUGUCAUUGAAAGAAUUAAAGGUAAUAAUGCCUUUGAAUAUAUGACUGGUGGUAGAGCUGUUGUUCUAUCUCAAAUGGAAUCGUUAAAUGCAUUCUCAGGUGCUACUGGUGGUAUUGCUUACUGUUUGACUUCUGACUACGAUGAUUUUGAGGGUAAGAUCAAUAAAGAAACGGUAUGCCUAGAAACUUUGAAGGACCCAGUCGAAAUUGCAUUUGUUAAGAAUCUAAUUCAAGAGCACUAUAACUUUACUAAAUCGAAAUUGGCUUCUAAAAUCUUGAAUAACUUCAACCAUUACUUAAAAGAUUUUGUUAAGGUUAUUCCAACCGAUUACAAGAAGGUGUUAGAAAAAGAAGCAGAAGAAAAGGUUAAAGAAAAACAGUUGAAGACUGCUGAAUUUUUGAAAAGAUUCGAAAGAUCUCCAAAUGAAAAUAUCGUUGAUGCCACUAAUGGUGAAAUUGACGAAAUUCUAUCUGCUAAACAAAAGAAGUAUACCGUUUCUCACAAGUCAACCUUACAUGAACCUAAACUAUUAGAUCUUGAAGAUUCUGUCCCUGAUGCUAAGCAACUAGAAAAGAAUGUUGAAAAAGUCGAAAAGGUUCGUGGUUUCAUGAAGUACAAGGUUCGUCAUGAAGCUUACAGAAAACCUUCAUCUAGAACCAAGGAUUGGAAAGAAAUAUCCGAUUCUAUAACAAAGAAAGAUGCCAAAUAUCAAACUGCAAGAUGUAUGGAUUGUGGUACUCCAUUCUGUUUAUCUGAUACAGGUUGUCCAAUUUCCAAUAUUAUUCCUAAGUUCAACGAACUGGUAUUCAAAAACCAGUGGAAGUUGGCCUUAGAUAAGUUAUCUGAAACAAAUAACUUCCCUGAAUUUACAGGUAGAGUUUGUCCAGCUCCUUGUCAAGGUGCUUGUACUUUAGGUAUUAUUGAAGAUCCUGUUGGGAUUAAAUCUGUCGAAAGGUUGAUUAUCGACAACGCAUUUAAAGAAGGAUGGAUUAAGCCAUGUCCACCUGAAGUUCGUACCAAUCGCUCAAUUGCUAUCAUUGGUUCUGGUCCUGCAGGUUUAGCUUGUGCUGACCAAUUAAAUAAGGCAGGUCAUAAUGUAACUGUAUAUGAGAGGGCUGAUCGUUGUGGUGGUUUACUAAUGUAUGGUAUUCCAAAUAUGAAAUUAGAUAAAUCCAUCGUUCAACGUCGUGUUGAUUUAUUGGCUGCUGAAGGUAUUAAUUUUGUUGUUAACACUGAAAUUGGUAAAGAUAUAACCACGGAUCAACUAAAGCAACAAUAUGAUUCUGUAGUUUAUGCAAUUGGUUCUACAAUUCCAAGGGAUUUGAAUAUUAAAGGUCGUGAGUUGAAGAAUAUCGAUUUUGCAAUGACUUUAUUGAAAUCUAACACAGAAGCAUUAUUGAACCAAGACUUAGAAACUAUUCGUAAGACUAUCGAAGGUAAGAAGGUAGUUGUAAUUGGUGGUGGUGAUACCGGUAAUGAUUGUUUGGGUACUGCUGUUAGACAUGGAGCUUCAUCAGUAUUGAACUUUGAAUUAUUACCUCAACCUCCAAAGGAACGUGCUAAGGAUAAUCCUUGGCCACAAUGGCCUCGUGUUAUGAGGGUUGACUAUGGUCAUGCUGAAGUCAAAGAACAUUAUGGUAGGGAUCCACGUGAAUAUUGUAUCUUAUCUAAGGAAUUUAUUGGGAAUGAAGAAGGUGAAGUAACUGCUAUUAAGACUGUUCGUGUCGAAUGGAAGAAAUCUGAAAGUGGUGUUUGGCAAAUGAUUGAAUUACCUGGAUCUGAGGAAAUUAUCGAGGCUGACAUUGUUUUAUUAUCUAUGGGUUUCGUUGGACCGGAAUUAUUCGAUGAUCCAAAUGUAGCAAAGACUAAGAGAGGUACUAUUGCCACUAUCAAUGAUUCAUCGUAUUUGAUCGAGGAUAAUGUUUUUGCUACUGGUGAUUGUAGAAGAGGUCAAUCAUUAAUUGUUUGGGCUAUCCAAGAAGGUAGAAAAUGUGCUGCAUCAAUUGAUCAACAUUUGAUGGGAAAUACAUACUUGCCAAGUAAUGGUGGUAUUGUUAAACGUGAUUUCAAUUUAUUGGAAGAACUAGCAUCAAAAAUCAAUUAG